AUUUUCGAUAGCAAGUGUUGGUGAUCAAGCGAUCGACAAUGAAGCACCAACUACGUACACGUAUCUCCCACAUAUCAAGGCGCGCUGCGGGCUGCAGCGAUAUGCCGUUGGUCAUCUGUCAGAGAGACGUCUGGGCCCCCAAAAUUCAGAGUAACACCAAUGGAACACGAUUCCCAUCUCCCAAAUGCCACUUGAUGUGUGGCUCGUUGUCCGAAUCCUCACCCUUACAGUUGCAACAGGCAGGGUCCGCGUCCUUCCUUGCAGGUUGCUUGAGUCUGGAGCCGAAGAGCUUGCGCGAGCUAUUGAAACUGUGGCGGAAUGGGUAGAUUUGCAGCAGAAAGUGUGGACUAGACCUUCUCGAGCUUUGUCUUACAUUGGUCAUCCAGCACGAUCGACACGUCGAGUUUCCCCGCGCCGCCACACCAUUUCUAACGCACGGGGGACCUUGGUGUGCAUGAUCAGGCUGACGUUCAACUGCAAGGUGUGUGUGUGCCAGCCUUCACCAGCCUUCGUCAUCGCAUCACACAUCUCAAACCGAUGCAGCAUAUCUGCAUGGACGUCGCACCUAUUGAAGAUAAUGCCAUGACUACGGAUCCCAGUCAAAUGGCUUUCCGAGCCGUUACGCACUGGCUCCAGAGCCAGACUCUGCCGCUGACAGUGUGCCUUUAUCACAGUCUCAUCUGACCAAAGCGCUGAGCCAGCAAG